CUGUGCCUGUGUGGGUGUUAGUCGGCUUCAAAACCUGAAGCCGACUUAAACCCAUUUUCAGGCUUUUAGAUGAAUUAUUGCAGACACAGUUUUACAGCACUUUGUUUCUGAAGUUAUUAAAAAGAAAAUUUAAAGGAAACUACACCCACCGAAAGCCGAGCUGUUGCUGUGGCAGGCAGGGAAUGAACUGUCAUGAGGAAGGCUCUGUCAUUGACGUUUGCUUGUGCAUUCAUGAUAAAUGUCUUCCUGUCAUCAUAGCUCAAAACACAAUUGUAAGCUCACACUGUGCAUGAACAGUUUGCUUUUCAACUCAUGUAAAUAACCAAGUUGCAAUGUUUCCACAGUGAUGAAAUUAUUCCUUCAUUUGCAGAGGUGGCAAAUUACAAAGUACAUGUACUUCAAUACUGCACUUAAGUACUUUUUUCAGGUAUCUGUACAUUACUUGAAUAUUGCUGUCACUUUUUUAAAAUUAAUUUUACUCACUCCAUAUCAAAAGAAAAAGUAACAGCAGCUACUAACAAAAUAAGAUGAGAGCAGAAAUAGUUUGUCAUCUUUUUCACCAACUUUGCCAACUUUAACCUAGUUACUCUAGUAGAAAAAAAACAUAUUACACUGAUUUAUUAUCUUUGAUUUUAGUUUUUGCUUUUUAGUUUAUUACCUUUCACCCAUUUUUGUAAACAAAUAGUGUAUACAAUACCAAAGCACUACACACGUGACGGUCCUUAAUCAGGAUAAGAGCAUUAACCUCCUUAUACUCGGCUCUCCCAGACGUCCCAGCACCAUGUUGGAUGAUGUACCUCUACAGAUACAACCAGUGCUUUCAGUCACUGACAAUGUUGUGUUUGAGGCAUUUGAAGGAAAAUGCUACUUAUCCAUUCUGUCCUGUUUACUGUUGGCCUGUUUGUACGUUGGAAGUUUGUACAUAUGGCGGGGCAGCUUACCCAGGGAUCAUCCAAGCACGAUAAAGAAACGCUUCAUCAGUGUCCUGUUUGCAUCUGCUGUUUCACCACUCAUCGUUUGGGCAUGGAUGCAAGCUGUGGAAGUGAGGCCAAGCCCACCUUUGCUGGCUUUGCUUGGCAUCCGGAUAGAGGGUUCAGUUCCUGCAGCUGUGCUACCUCUAAUACUCACCAUGGUGCUUUUUCUUGGACCACUGAUUCAGAUGGCGAUGGACAGCCCAAAGGGACUGGUACAUGAAGUCAAAUCUGGCUUUAGCUUGAAGAAUGUGACUGAUUGUUUGAGGGACUUGUGUUGGCUGAGAAACCAUGUGGUGGCACCACUAACAGAAGAGCUAGUGUUUCGAGCUUCUAUGCUGCCCAUACUGGCGCCAUGUACAGGCCCUACUGCUGCCAUCUUCAUCGCUCCACUCUUCUUUGGAGUCGCCCACUUUCACCAUGUCAUUGAGCAGCUUCGUUUCGGACAUGACAGUGUGCUCGACAUCUUGGUUUGUGCAGGUAAAAUGAGCUGUAGUAAAUGUGAGUAUGUCUGCCUUCUGUCCAUAUUACCAGGGAUGUCUGAAUUGUCUGUAAUGUUUUUCUGCUUCUCAGUGUUUCAGUUUAGCUACACGUCAGUGUUUGGAGCCUACACUGCCUUCAUUUUCACCAGAACAGGUCAUCUAGUGGGGCCAGUGCUGUGCCACUCUUUCUGUAAUUGGAUGGGUUUUCCUGCUCUGGGCUUGGCCCUGCAGCAUCCACAGAGGCCAGUGCUGAUGCUUUCCUAUGAGCUUGGACUUCUGCUCUUCAUCCUCCUUCUCUUCCCCCUCACUGACCCACUGCUAUUUGGAAUGACCCCCAUCUGUAGUUUAAUCUUGGAGCCUCGGGCAGCCUGCUCUUGAAUCAUGUACAGUACAUAGAUUCAGUUCAAAGGCAGAGCUGAUGGAGCAGUUAUGUGUGUGUGUGUGUGUGUGUGUGUGUGUGUGUGUGUGUGUGUGUGUGUGUGUGUGUGUGCGCGUGCAUGCACAUGUGUGUAUACUUAUUGAGUUUUGAACUCAAGACUUCUGGAUAGCAAAAAUAAGCUAGAGGAAGAUUAAUUGUUAAUUGUUGAAAUAACAGUAAUCUUUUAGAGUCAUGAAAAAAAGCAGGGGUCAAGAUGUCUACAACACAUAAUAACCAUUUAAUUUACUAUCCAAAAUGACUAAUGGCCCACAUAAGUGGAGUUUUUGUAUGUAAUGAAGAUAAAUCUGGCAAAUCUGAAAAAUAAGUUUUCUUAGGGAUUACUUUUCCUCACUAUGCUCUGCAUGCUCUCUCUGCCAUAACUGGAUUUAAAAAAACAAAGGCCAAAAUCUGUUAUUUUACUUUCAUAAAAUAAUGUCACCAAGCAGGGCAUUUGUAACCAUUCCAUGUAAUAACUUUCUGUGAGGGAGCUUUUAAAGGCAUUAAACUCUUCAGACAUCCGGUUCCUAUCAUCACCACUGUGAACAAUUCUGACUCUGUAAGUUCUUUAGAACAGACCAUUUCCUACCAAACCACUCUGAAUGACUUUGUUUAAAUUGAAAUGGAUUAAUUAUCCGCGACCCUGACGGAGAAGCGGCUUAGAAAAUGGAUGGAUGGAUGGAUGGAUAGAUUAAUUAUGCAUAAUAUUUGAAAAAUCAGUGAAUUCCCCUUUAACAAUAUAUAACUGCACCAACGUAGUUGAGACAGUGAGAGUGAUAGCAAGUAAACAAGCAAAUUAUUCUUUUUUCUCAUUUUUUGCUCUGGGCCCCAAGGGAUUCAUGAUACACCAUAUAUACUUAAAAAAUCUCUUGUUUUUAUUUCUCUUGUGCACAGUUUAUCGUCACAGGUCAUUUUCCUGGCCUUGGAUUGAGCAAGUCAAAAAUGAAUGGAGCUAGGAAAAUAUCUGUGAGCAGAAGAAAGAGAAAAUCUCUGGAGGAAUCAAAUAUCUCACUUGUGCUGCCAAAAGAAGUUUAAACAAAUCUAGAGGGACUACUCUUUUCUUUGGAAAUUCUCUAGGUAUGAAGUUUGCAAUCCACUUGCUGAAUUAAAGGCGGAGGUUUGCUCUCCUCCUUGGGGAUAUGACUCUUAAAUUGGUUGGAGUUUCUAAUCACUGACAGUGCUGUACCCUUUUCUGUCCCAUGGUGGUGCUGAAGCCCACAACCAGUAAAACCUUUCUCUUUUUUUCAGCCACCGUUUUCCAUCUGUCAGUUUUAUGACAUAUGGAAUGUAAUGUGUCAUAUUUUUACGUUGGCUUUAGCAGAGCUGUGUAGGGUCUGUGCAGGAUCAUAUACUACAUUACAGUAGUCACAGUUUAAACUGAUACCAGAUGUUAAUGUAUUUCACAGAUGUUCCAUUUCGUGCCACUGAGUAAUCUAUACACAGCUCAGAUUUCCUACAUUAUUAAUAUCCUCAAAGUGGAUUUUGAUUUUAAUUUCUGUUUGUGUUUUCUUAGUGAUUUUAAAGCAACCACACCAUGAAAAUCCAUGUUUUUGUAUCUUUUUUUGAAAAAAUAUUUUGCUGUAACUGCAGUUAAGAGUUUCAAUAAAUGUACUGCCCACUCUCCAGUCUAUCUAUGAAAAAAAAUGCAAAUGCAGCUUCUUUUUCAUUCAAUGUUUUUGUGAGGUCACAAAUAUCAACAUCUAAAUGUAUCCUUCUACAGCUGUUUAGCUUCACCUAUUUUGCUGAAGUUAUAAGGGGUGUUUGAGCUCUGAGUGCUUUUUGAGCAAGGCAGCGCAGCCAAUCAUAACAGAUGUCAUUCACAUAUAUCAGUCUCAAAGGCACAAUAAUAAAAAAAAAUCCUGUUAAUUUCUAGGGGAGAAAGAAAGGUUGGAAAUGGUCAUGUAAAAAUGAAUUUUGACAGUUUGUUGCACAUAAAGUCAUAAAUAUCACAGACCACAUGAAAAAAAGAUUUCAGUAAAAUGAAGGAUAUGGGCCCUUUAAUUAAAUACCAACAUCAAAGGCAGUUCAGCCAUGUUUUAUACAUUGAUCUACGAUGUUGAGGUCCGGCCUCAGGUCUGGGGUGGCCAAUUGUUCUGAGAACAUCAGCAAUUGCCGUUGGUUU